AUGAAUACGGAGGUAGCCGAUCCUUCCAAAUGUUGCCUGUCUGGGCAUCCUAACUGGACGAUUUACCUUUGCAGCUUCCAGCAGCCACCCACACGUCAGUCACCCUGGCGUGGAGGGGAGCAGCGGGAGAAGAUCGUUCUGCUGAUUCCAGCACCUUUGGUUAUUAAGGGAAGCACCAGCACCUCCUUGAUCGGCUCCCUCCUCCCUUUUUUUUUUUUUUUUGCCCAUCGCCAUCCCACGACAGCCUACCCGGAGGAGAGGAGUCGGGGAGGGGAAAGCGAGGACACACCCGCACAUACUGUACGCGGUGUACACGGCAAGGAUGCUGCAGACAACAUGAGACCUGAUUUCCCCAGCUGGUUAUUCACCUCCUGGAAACCCUGCGGGAGCAUCAACUCUUAUCCAAAAAUGAAAAGGAUGCCUGUAGUCAGCUCCUAGGUGACAUCCUGUGGCCCUCAGGUCUUUACGGUGUUGAGCCCCCUCCCUCUCCUGACCCCCGCCUGCAGUUCUCCUGGCUGCAGGACCCGGAUUCGCUGAAAAGUGCAGGCCUCCUCCCCCUGCAGAAUGACUGUUGCCACAGGAGACCCCUCUGACGAGGCGGCCGCGCACCCGGGUCAUCCGCAGGACUACGACCCCGAGGCUGACCAUGAGUGUUGUGAGAGGGUGGUCAUUAACAUCUCAGGGCUGCGCUUUGAAACACAACUCAAAACCCUCUCCCAGUUCCCAGAGACUCUACUGGGGGACCCAAAAAAGAGGAUGCGCUACUUUGACCCACUAAGAAAUGAGUACUUUUUUGACAGGAACAGACCCAGCUUCGACGCCAUAUUGUACUAUUAUCAAUCAGGAGGCCGGUUAAGACGGCCAGUCAAUGUCACCCUUGACAUUUUCUCAGAGGAGAUUCGCUUUUAUGAGCUGGGUGAAGAGGCCAUCGAGAUAUUCAGAGAAGACGAAGGUUUCAUCAAGGAGGAGGAGCGGCCUCUUCCUGACAAUGAGUUUCAGAGACAGGUGUGGCUACUGUUUGAGUACCCAGAGAGCUCAGGUCCUGCUAGGAUUAUUGCCAUUAUCUCAGUCAUGGUCAUCCUGAUAUCUAUUGUCAGCUUCUGCCUGGAGACGCUCCCCAUCUUCCGCAAUGAUGAGGACGACAUGCACAAGGCCCAUUCAAAAGUCUUUUCACCUGAGACCAACACCACAAUCAUCAGCUACACAAACACUUACUUCACCGACCCCUUCUUCAUCCUGGAGACUCUGUGCAUUAUAUGGUUCUCCUUUGAGUUUCUGGUGCGCUUCUUUGCCUGUCCAAGCAAAGCAGGCUUUUUUGGUAAUAUAAUGAACAUUAUUGAUAUUGUCGCCAUCAUCCCUUACUUCAUCACUCUUGGCACAGAGCUGGCAGACAGGCCAGAGGAUGGUCAGGCAGGUCAGCAGGCCAUGUCUUUAGCCAUUCUCAGGGUCAUUCGCUUAGUUCGGGUCUUCAGAAUUUUCAAACUCUCACGUCACUCCAAGGGGCUUCAGAUUUUAGGUCAGACUCUGAAAGCCAGCAUGAGAGAACUCGGUCUCCUCAUUUUCUUCCUCUUCAUAGGUGUGAUCCUCUUCUCCAGCGCUGUGUACUUUGCUGAAGCAGACGAGCCCGAGUCCCAGUUUGAGAGCAUCCCAGAUGCAUUUUGGUGGGCUGUGGUCUCCAUGACCACAGUUGGCUAUGGUGAUAUGGUCCCAACUACAAUUGGUGGCAAGAUCGUGGGCUCCCUCUGUGCCAUCGCAGGUGUGCUGACCAUUGCCUUGCCAGUGCCUGUUAUUGUGUCCAACUUUAACUACUUCUAUCACCGUGAGACUGAAGGUGAAGAACAGGCUCAGUAUCUGCAAGUUACCAAAGCUGAAUCAGGUGAGGAGUUGAAGAAGAGCCGGAGUGGCUCCACUAUCAGCAAAUCAGACUACAUGGAGAUCCAGGAGGCUGUGAACAACAGCAAUGAAGAAUUUCAGGAGGAGAACCUUAAGACAGCCAACUGCACGCUGGCCAACACAAACUAUGUAAACAUCACCAAAAUGCUCACAGAUGUGUAGUCAUCUGGUGUCGUCCUACUACACACAGUGGGGAAUGUGGAGCUGAGCGACCGGAUGGGACAGCUGUACCACCUCUUGUGUGGUGGAAAUAUUAAGGCAAUAGAAUUCCGAAUGUUUGAUUGACUGAGAAACAAUGCGAGUCUCAUCCCAGCCCUUCCUCUGCGCUCAUCCCGUCUUCCCUCCUCAGAGCUUUUUCUUCAGACUCCUGAAAAAAAUGUCUGAAAAUUUUAACGUUUUUUCUUUCUGCAUGGAGUUGGCUUUACCUAUGCGGCUGCUUGGAUUUAAAAAAAAAAAGAUAACAAUACUUAAAGGUUUUUAGCUCACAACUGUAGCGAACAGUAAUGCACAAGAGGGAGGAAACGCGUAGAAUACAAUGCUUUCAAAAAGAGGGUGAAAAAAGGAAAUCAACUCCCGCUUUAGACCCCUGUCCCUCCAUCCCUCAUUUCCCAAGGCACUUUGCUCUGCCAUGUGCUUUCUGAAGAGCAUGCCAUGUGCUACAUAUGCUGCUUCUUGGAGCCAAUGAAACAAAACUGUCUUAUGCUUCACCAUUUAGAGAUAAAAGGAUGUGUGAGCAUAAAGCAAGCCCACUCCAGCGCUGACAUGGCCUGCGGGUGACUUGUGACGAGGUCGGUGGUUAAGUACGCCACGUUAUUUCAAGGAUGAAUGACAGCCAUCAGCACUAAGCUUAUGGUUUGACACCUUUUAUCCCUGUAGACAUCAGUAUCUGAUGAAUGACUGAGAAUGGCCUUGAAUUUUCACUGCUUUGGUCUUAUAUGUACUGUAUGUAUUGCAAUGCAAGCUUUCCCACCUCCAUUCACCCAAACUUGUCUUACUGCGGAGCUUUGAGACAACUUGAAUGUUUUUUUUUGUUUUUUUUUUCACAAGUUCACACACACAGUACUUAUGCGUAUAGAUAGGUAUCUUAGCUGUGACUUAACUGAUAGCUGUUAGGUAGUUAGGUGCUGUUAGUAGUAAAUGUAGUCAGUAGAUUACUGCAUGACAUUUUUAUCUGAAUGAGAAGUCCCACUCGUUCCUCAACUGCCACUCGCCUCACCUCACCACUGUAUUUUUGUCUGUACACUGCCUUCUGUACAAAUUUACACUUAAAAGGAAGCCUGCAGGUAGCCGUUAAAACAACCUAAAGCUGUAUGUUUGUGAAUCUCUAAAGGAAAAAAUCAACGUGAUUGGUUCCUACACUUAAUGAGAUGCAUAUUAAUGUUAACAUUCCAUGUAGAGGUCAUUGCCGUUUAACUUUUACCAGUUUGCUGUAAACUGAGAUGUGAUUUUGAGCGUAAAUUCACACUCUUGUAUUGGACAUUAAUCCCACUGCGGAUGUGAUAGACACACUGUGGUGAAAUUUUCACAGGUUUGUCACAUCAAGUCCUCAUGAUCAAAAUAGCAACUUUUAAAGAGUUGUGUAUAGAGCAAUGCUUCCCCAAUCUGCCUUUUAUCUCGGUUUACGCUGCUCUCCUAGUGUUGCAUGAACUCAAAAACAUUCCUAGCAUGCGAUUAAGCAAAAGCCUCAAAGUAAAAAAAAAAGGGGAAACAAAAUUAUUGCAAUAGAUUAAUUUAUUUCUUAUAUAUAAAAUCGUAUAUGUAUACAGACAGAAAACAUUAAAAAUUCACAUAGACUUUGAAAAGAGAAUUAAAAAAAAAAUUAUGAUAGCAAUGUUUAAGAGAAAGCAAGAGCCUUUCCACAAAUGUGUAGAUCAUCGCCAUGUCCUUACUUUUAAUAGUAAUAAUAAUAGCUCUGAGCACUGCUAUUCUCCUGUUUUCGAGUCUGUUCAGAGUGCCAAAGAUUCACUUUAAGAAAGCCCUCUCAAAAUGUCUUUGUGUACCUUGUAUUUAAACAUAAAGGUUUGCUUCACUUAAUCCAAAACUGCCCACUGUAAAGUAGCUGUUGAAAGGCAGGGUCUCAAUAGCAAUUAUCGUUAACCUGAAUCUUUUAUCUAAAAUAUUUUAUUGCCAUGACAUUGACAGGAAUAUAAACUUAGAGUAAAUGUCCUUUGAUAAGUGUACCAGAAGCUCAAAUUGUCUUCAAAAGUUGGCACCAAAUGUGAAUUAAGAUCUGAGUCUAGGAUUGUGUCCAAGAGUUUUCACCGCUCGCUCAACACUGCCACGGUAACAGUCAAUGGCAGUAACAUCAAUAUGGGAACCGAUAAUUAGCGCUAGUGUAGCAGAUAUUGUCUAACCUAGGGGUCCUCUGACUUCACUCCUGCGUCUGUUGCCUUUCUGCAUCUUUUCACGGAUGUCUUACAUAAACUGAAAGGUGAUGGAUUAGGAGAGAGUCUGUAGCAAAUGUGUCGAUGAAUUCUGUCAUAGCAGGAUUAACAUCUUUGUUUUUGGGGGGUUUAAUUCUGCUCACUACAGUCUCAACCUGCAGUAGCAAAAUGUUUUAAUGCCGUCGCUGCCGAUUCGCACUCAGGAUGCCUCGUCCAACUGCCUGACAUGAGGCUUCUGAAGUCGUCUCUGUCCAUAUCUGAGGGUUUUUAGACUUUACUUUUUUGUGAAUGAUCUGCUUUUCUGAGAGUUGUUUGCCAUUGGAUUAAAGAUACCUUGAGGUAGGAUGAGUUUAUAGAGUCGUUUAGCAAUAUCCCCAUAAUUCUUUGAUGGAGGAGUCUGUAUGUUAUUUAAAGAAUUGACUCUCUACAUGACUCCAAAGGCAACUAUCAUAUCCAGUACCCUUGAUCCACUCGAUCAUGAGUACUGGUUUGUGUGUGUUGAUAGACUAAGGUUUGUGUGCGACAGAGAACUGUAAACCACUGAAUGUCGGGGGUUGUGACGUGGUUAACAUCUGGAUUAAUGCAACGUCCAUUUGCAUAUCUGUAUGUUGGGGGGUGGGGGUCACAGUUUGACCAAAAAAGAUUUGCCUAUGCAUGCAAAUGCACCACGUCGUAUCAUUUUCAUUGCAUUUCUAUGGACAGACAUUUCUGGUAAAUGUUAACAUCUUAACAUUUAUCUCUUCUAUUUUGAUAUUUACCUCAGCUAAAUUCACCGUAGCAACUGAGAUACUGGAGUUCAUAAUGUUGUUUAACACUGAAAAAAAAUCUGCUUAAAGCACAAAAAUACAUAAGAUCAUCAUCAUCUGUUCUCUUACAAAUUUGUUCUGCACAAUACUUUCAUCCUGUGGAGUGUAUGUCAAUAGGAAAAUGUGUUGUAUGGUGUCACGGGGAGCAUCAUGGCCUCCAAGAAUAUCAUCUCUCAACCACUGAGGGAGCCACCAGCAAAUCCACUCCAUGGGAAGGGGGGCCAUCAGUGAAUACUCAGAGAAAUCUAUGCAGAUUGACAACAAGGUAGUUUUUGGGGGGGACAGUAGGUUUAUGUAUGUACUUUUAUAUUUUAUUGGCCAUCAAUUCAGAGCUUACCAAAGAGCUGGCAAAGGUAUUCAAAAGAAACAACAAAGUGAAAGCGUAACACCCUGCAACAACAUGCUGCUGUGAGUCAAACUCGCAUGCUAGCUGAAUGUGAACAUUAGCUUCGGGUUUCUUUGAACUGCCAUGUCAGCUCUUCCUGACAACGCUUCUAUAUAUAGCUCAUACACAUGGGAAAAAUAAGAUGAUCAAUAUGCAAACUGUAUGCUUGUGUGUUUGAGAGCCGGUGUCCUUUCUUUUCAUUUGACCCCAGAGCCUGAUAUUGUGAUAUUCACUGAAACAAUGUGUGCAGUUGUUCUCGUCUCCCCUGUUCUUCUGUAUCAUAGAGGCCUGUAAACAUCCAUCAACGCUGUUACCAUGCAUAAUGGACUUUCUUUCUGUGAAAUGAAAUUAGGAAGAACAAUGUAAAUAAUAAUUAAUGGAUGAUGGAGCAAAAACAUGUAUUAUAUACUGUACGUGAAGUCUGGAUUCAAAACAUAGUAUUAUCUGCACUUUACAACAAAAAGGACAAUCUAUGGACAAGAAUAACAUAACAUGAAUAAAAAAAAAAAACAUAUAAUCCUAC